CCUGCCUUCUCCCUCCUGUUCCCGCCCUGAUUGGGGAAGUUUGACAGGAAGCGGCUGUUGUGUCUGUCACAAGAUCCCAGUCUGAUGGACCCCGGGGCCACAGAUACAGAAUCUAUGCAAUGAAGAUUUGCCGGACCCUAAAGGCCUGACCUUUCCUGAUCUGCUUUUAUGCACAGAAUCCAAAAUGGCAUCCUGGGCACCCAUAUUCUUUCUCUGUGCCAUUCUCCCUUGUAUCUGUGCAACCAAAAUCUGUGCUUUUAACAUGCAACAUUUUGGAGAGAAGAAAGUGGCCAAGGAUCACAUACUAGAGCUCAUAGUCAAGAUUGUCCAGAGAUGUGAGGUUUCGUUGCUUCAGGAAGUGCAGGACCCCAAGGGACUCGCUUUAUCUAGACUUCUCCAGUCUCUAAAUAGAGCCCAUGGGAAAGACACAUUCCUGGCUGUCAGCAGCCCCCCCCUGGGCCGCAAAUCCUAUACGGAGCAGUACGUCUUUAUAUACAGGUCUGACAAGGCCCAAAUAACCCAACAGUACAAAUACGCUGAUGAUGACUCUGCUGCCCCAGAUGUCUUUGCUCGAGAGCCCUAUAUUGUGCGAUUCAAUCUAUUUGGCAAAGGGUUACGGGACCUGGUUCUGGUGCCCAUGCAUACGGUGCCGGAGAAUGCUUCCCGGGAAAUAGAUGCACUGUACGAUGUGUUCCUGGACAUAACGGGACGCUGGGAUGCAGAGGUGGUUCAAGAACCUACUCGGAAUGAGUCUAUUUUGGACCUGAACAUUCUAUUCCUUGGGGAUUUCAAUGCUGCUUGCAGUUACCUUUCCAAGAAGAAGAAGCGCACUCUCCGCCUAUACAGGGACGAGCGUUUCCAUUGGUUGAUCGAUGACACCACCGACACCACAGUUAGGGACAGUACCAGCUGUGCAUAUGACAGGAUUGUGGCUUAUGGGAAGGAGCUGAUGGCCAAUGUCCAGGCAGUCGGAAUAUAUAAUUUUACAAAGGCAUUGGGACUCAGUGAGAUACAGGCUCUGGAGGUCAGUGACCAUUACCCAGUGGAAUUGGAUCUGAAUGGUCGGAACCCUCUCCUCCCAUCAUGCACUCUGCUCGUCCUGAGUUUCCUCUUGCCAAUGAUGUCAUGGACAUGGGCGGGGACCCCAUUAUACUGAGUGGAACCUACAGCAAUCUUUCUUCCCAAAGUCUAAUGAAUAAACAGAGCCAAAAUAAUGCCCCAUCCUGCAGGUAACUGCCCCACUGUAUGCCUACCCUACAUUUCCAAUACUGGAGAAACUUUGGCCACACCCCCAAAUCCUAUCAUCCACUCACAGGACCCUCCUAUUUCUACAAUUUCUGCAAUUCCCCCUUUUAGUCAUAGUUAAAGGGGUGUAAAGCUUAAAAUAACUUUCUGCCUUAAGUGAGAAGAUCUAAUUAUUAAAUACUUCCCGGGGGCAAUUCAGCCUCAUUGCUAUUGGCAGGACUGGCGACUGGUGAAUGGCCAGCAGGUUGGAGCCCAUCUGCAGAGUAACCCCCAGGAACACCCUUUAAUGGCUGGAUAGUUAGCGACGGCCAAGUGGGUGAAGCAAAGACAUUUAAUCGAAACCAAACAGAACAAAAGCAAAACAAAAAUAAGAGUCAA